AUGAUAAAAGAAGAUGAUGAUUUAGAUGAUGAUGUUUUAGAUGAUGGUGAUGAUGAAUUAAAUGGUGAUGAUGAUGAUGUUUUAGAUGAUUAUGAUGUUUUAGAUGAUGGUGAUGAUGAUUUAGAUGGUGAUGAUGAUGAUGCUGAUGAAUAUGAUGACGAUGAUGAUGAUGAUGAUUUAGAUGGUGAUGAUGAUGAUUAUGAUGAUGACGAUGAUGAUGAUGACGUUGAUGACGAAGAUGAUGAUGGUGAUGAUGAUUUAGAUGGUGAUGAUGAUGAUGCUGAUGAAUAUGAUGAUGAUGGUGAUGAUGAUCAUGAUUAUGAUGAUGAUUUAGAUGGUGAUGAUGACGAUGAUGAUGAUCAUGAUUAUUAUGAUGAUGAUGAUUUAGAUGGUGAUGAUGACGAUGAUGAUGAUGAUUAUGAUGAUGACGAUGAUGAUGAUGAUUUAGAUGAUGAUGGUGAUGAUGAUUUAGAUGAUGGUGCUGAUGAUGAUUUAGAUGUUUGA